AUCUCAUCCUCUCGUUUCGUCCUUUUUAUGCAGUCGUUUCUUCAAGUUCGUCUACACCACUGACCACUGCUGCACAGAGAGCUUUAGGAGCCUCGGUUUUGGAAGACAGCCCUCUCUAGCUCUGUCACUAUUAAAAGCAAUAGCAUGGCAACAAAUAAUAUCUCAAGCACGAUUGUUCUUGAACUUCUUACAAAAGAAAAUUAUGAGAAUUGGAAAGCUUGGAUGGAAAACUAUUUGUUGGCUCAUGAUCUCUGGGACAUUGUCGAAGCAACCACGGAACCUCCUAAACCAGAAGAUGAUGUAGUUGAAUUUAAGGCUUGGAGAAAAAACAAUGCUGCAGCCUUACAUGCAAUCCUAAUUUCAUGCGGGGUGGACAUACUGCCUGAGAUUAGGAAAAUCGAUUCUGCCAAAAAAGUUUGGGAUAAAUUGGCUACAAUGUACGGGCACUCCUUACCAAACAUCCAAGGGGCAGGCAGUAUAAACAACGACCUCCUUCAGUAUGAGCCCUUACGUACGGCCAUCAACAAUGGUGACUGGGUUUCUGCAAACGAUUUCCUUAGCCGCCACAAAGAUGCAAAGAGUGCAAAAAUUUCAGUCAAUGGACGUUCUGUUCUUCACGUGGCUGCCCUUGCAGGACAUACGAAAAUUGUGGAGAAGUUAGUGGAGUUAAUGUCGGCAGAGGAAUUAGAAAUAAAAGACGACAACGGUUUGACAGCUCUAGCUCAGGCUGCUGUUCUACAAAAUAGUUAUCGGAUGGUAGAUUGCAUGAUUACGAAGAACACUCAUUUGCUUGACCUCCCAGACAAUUUGAAUCGUAUUCCAGUUGUAAUGGCUCUCGAGUAUGGAAACAUUGAAGUAGCUCGCUAUCUCUACUCUGUCUCUCUUCCAUAUCAAACAUUAAGUGACAGCGAUGCUUCCACGCUUCUUACCCUGUUCAUGCGUUUCAAAAAAUUUGAUAUUGCCUUGCACUUGCUCCAGCGUUGCCCAGGUUCUGCUCUUGUUCCAAACCGGUUUGAUUUCCCUUUGGUCACAUUGGCUUCGAUGUCUUCUGCCUUCCCGAGUGGGAACCAGCUGUUGUCUCUGGAAAACUGGAUCUACGCCCGUAUACCCAUUCGAUCAGAGCAUUACAACAAUAAUGAAAUUCAGAUAGACAUCCACAACCCAAAUAAAUGCGAAGGUGAUCAACUCGAGAUUAGCGAACCAGCUACAGGCCUAAUAUUACGUCCACUAAUUCCGAAUCUCCAUAAGCUCUUGGGAAUCAAUUGCAAGCAAAUACAUGAAAUGAAAUUGCUCCACCACCAAGCCCGUCAACUUCUAAUUCAAAUGUGCAGUCAAGUAAAGCAAAUGGAUGUUGAUCAUGUUAAUGGAGCCAUCUUUCAAGCCAUCAAGAACGGGUUUACUGAGUUUAUUGUUGAGAUAGGGAAAGUAGAUCCCCAACUUCUGUAUACCAAUUAUGAUGACAUGGGAAGAAGCACACUUUCUUGCGCCGUCCUGCAUCGUCAAGCUGGAAUUUUUAAUCAUAUUUACGGGCUUCAUCAGGGUGUGAAAAAAUCGAUUAUAAAUGUUGUGGAUAAAUCAGGUAGCACUAUCUUGCAUAUGGCAGGGAUGUUAGAACCUUCCACUAAACGUGAUCGCAUUAGAAGUCAAGCUUUGAUGUUACAGAGCGAACUUUAAUGGUUUAAGGAGGUCGAGAGAAUUUGCAAUCCUCUACAUAGCGAAGUUCGAAAUGAUUCAAAGAUGACACCGAGAGAACUUUUUACCCAUAACCACAAGGACAUGGUCAAGGAAGGAGAGAAAUGGAUGAAGGACACCGCCAGUUCUUGUACAGUGGUAGGAGCUCUCAUUAUUACCAUUAUGUUCACUGCAGCAAUCACUGUUCCAGGUGGUAACAAUCAAAAUACUGGGUUCCCCAUGUUCACAGAUAAAAAGUUAUUUAUCGUCUUUAUCAUUGCCGAUGCAUUUUCACUUGCUUAUUCCACUGCUUCAGUAUUGAACUUUCUAGGAAUCCUUACAUCACGUUAUGCAGAAGAAGAUUUUCUCGAAUCCUUGCCUACGAAGAUGAGUUCUGGAUUGUUGAGUCUUUUCGUCUCUAUUGCAACUAUGAUGAUCACCUUUUGUGUUGGUUCUUUCCUUAUGCUACCCGGAAAACCAUGGAUGGCCAUUCCAGUCAUUAUUCUCGCUAUUACUCCGAUCUACAUAUUCGUUGUAAUGGUGUCUCCCAUUCUUUUCGACAUACUCAAGUCAGUAGUUGGAGCUAGAAAUAUAUAUAUCUCAACCUAAGAAAAUUGAAUAAAGGAAAAUAAAACGUUUGUUUUAAGCAAUAUGUUUUAAAAAUGUUGGGUUACUAAAGGCAAUAUGAUCAGUUUAGAAUGAAAAAUUUGUGAUCAUUGAGCUUGUGAUGUAUUAAGCAUAUUGAUCUGACUAUUUGGUAAUUGAUUGAUCAUAUAUCCGGCCUUCAUAGAUU